ACUUCGUUUAGCACCAUCCUCCUCUUCUCUUCUCUUCUCUUCUCUUCAUUCAUCCCCUCUUCACCUUGCAACGAUUCCUACUACAAUCCACUGAAGUGAAAUUUUCUGUGUCACAAGUAAAUUCUCACUCCCAUUUCUCUCUUAAUUUCAAUUCGUUUUGUCACUCUGCAAAUCUAUUCCUCUCUCUCUCUGCUUACAGCUGUCAUUUAGAGAGGUGGUAAAUUAUUCUUCGCCCUGAUAUUUGACACGUUCGCACCAAUUUGACUUACCGGUUGGAGCAUUGUGAUAAAGAUUUGUGUAGCUCUGCAAAUUCUCCCAUAGUCCUGAUUGCAGAAGUCCUUUGACUGGAGGACAUAUUACGUGGUUGUUCGGAUUUGAAGUUAUUUAUUAACUUGAGUUAUAUUCCUUGCACCACAAAGAAACUUCCAAUAUCCACAUAUUUCAGGUUUCAAAUUGUUUCCAGAUGUCAGAAAUUGAUAUGCCUGUUAUUAAACCUGAGAUGAUGAAGCCUUAUGUAUGGCUUCAAACGUCCGAUGAUUCAAUCCAACAAGUGGAACAAGAAAUUGCAAUGUUUUGCCCACUGAUAUGCCAAGAAAUUAUACAAAAAGGCACCGGAUCUUCCAAGAACUGUGCAAUAUGUCUUCCUCAACAAGUCAGUCCUGCUAUGUUGAGCUUAAUUCUUGAUUAUUGUCGAUUCCAUCAAGUACCAGGCCGCUCAAACAAGGAACGAAAGUCUUAUGAUGAGAAAUUCGUUAGGAUAGACACAGAAAGGCUCUGUGAGUUAACGUCUGCUGCAGACAGCCUUCAGUUAAAGCCACUGGUUGAUCUUACCAGUCGUGCACUUGCUCGAAUAAUUGAAGGGAAAACGCCGGAGGAGAUACGUGAGAUAUUUCAUUUGCCUGAUGACCUUACAGAGGAAGAGAAGUUGGAGCCCUUGAGGAACAUAACGGAUGAUCCAAGGAUCAGGCUUUUAAACCGUUUGUAUGCCAAAAAACGGAAAGAACUAAAGGAGCGUGGAAGGUUAAAGAAUGCUGAAGCUGAAGAAGAGCAUGUAGAUGAACGAUCAGUUGACGACCUUUUGUCUUUUAUUAAUGGAAACGAUGGAGAUUCAAAGGAAAUUAAGACUUCCAAGAACAAAAAGAAGAACCGCAGGAAAAAGGAGCAACAGAAGAACUCUUUAAAAGAAGUGUCUGAGCUGAAUAAGAAGGCGGUAAACGGUCAUAACAUCAGACCCGAAAGUUCUGAAGUUGAUAUAUGUGAGACCUCAAAUUCGCAAUAUAGAGAAGAUGACACUUUUCCUUCGAAGCUUGAGUUUGAUGAUGGUGAUAUAGAUGAUGAGAUUGAUCCUGCAUUGAAGGAAAAAAUCGACAGGGAAGUGGAAGAUUUUGCCCGCAGAUUAAAUUCUGACUGGCCAGAGAGAAUGCAAGAAUUCUUAACGUCAGGGCAAGAAAGGAAUACAAUGCUUUUCAGUACUCAUGGGACUGGUUUUCUAAGACGACAUGCUUGACUGGACUCGGAAUGGAAAUGUAUCCCUACCAGAUGGCCAAUGGCUUGAACAAUUUUGAGAUUCUGGCAAGCGCAAGAAAGUGUUGCAUGUCAGUUGUUUUUCUUUCAUUCAUUUUGUUGUAGGAAAAUAUUAAUGAGUGCUCUGCGGAUACUUGUUAAGGAUUCAAAAUAAAAUGUAUUGAAAGAAAAAUAAAGCUUUUUUUAGGAAUUUUAAUGUAUGAAAUGUUUUAAUUAUUAAACGAUGUAUUUUAAUUUUUUUUUUCUUUACGAUUGUCUUUAAUUCACUCGGGACAGGAUCUUUUGUUUUAGUUUAUAAUUUGCAUGUCACUGUUGUGCUUGGUCCAGUCCCAAUUUGGUUGUAACUUGGAACACAUUGUUUUUGUGAAGAUAAUCCUCUAAAAUAUUUGCUUUCUAUUCCCUCAAGCUGCCUUUGGCCAA